UCUAUAUAUGGACAUAACAUGAGUGUGAGCUGUUAAAGAAGCACUUUUAUCGGAAACGUGGAGGACUUGCUGCGUAUAUGUUGCUAUGAGAUCCUGACGCGUCCCUUGCGGUUUCUGCUCUCACUCGCUAGCUCCGAUGUGAAGGUGCAAGUUCUCUCUGUCUGUCGGUGCAGGGGCAAGGGGUUCCAAAGCUGGCAUUUGUCUCCCCCUCCAUAAAACCCAAACUGACCUCCUGGGGGUAGCUGUAGGAUGGGACUCGAUGUCAGUUUCCGCACCAGCCUCUCUUGGACUCGGGCUGUCCUGCGUGACCGUGUCCAUCCCAUCUGCCCGCUCCACUCGACUCCACCUCACGUUGGACCACAAUGUUUCCUUGGCUCUGGCCACUUCCGAUAGACUUACCUAGGCCUCCCUGCUAGCAACCCCUUUCCUCCCACUGCUGGCCCAGACGACCAUGGGGAUCCAGGGCAUGGAGCUGUUCGCCAUGGGUGUGGUCAUCAUCCUCUUUGUGGCCGUGCUCAAGCAGUUUGGCAUCCUGGAGCCCAUGUCUCUGGAAGACAGCAGCGACAGUGACCUGGAGCUCUCCACCGUACGCCAUCAGCCCGAAGGCCUUGAGCAGCUGCAGGCCCAGACCAAGUUCACCAAGAAGGAGCUGCAGUCCCUCUACAGGGGCUUCAAGAACGAGUGUCCCAGUGGACUGGUGGAUGAGGAUACAUUCAAGAACAUCUAUUCUCAGUUCUUUCCCCAAGGAGAUGCCACUACUUACGCCCACUUUCUCUUCAACGCCUUCGACAUCGACAGGAACGGCUCCAUUCGCUUUGAGGACUUUGUGAUUGGGCUGUCGGUGCUCUUGAGGGGCUCGGUCACAGAAAAGUUGAACUGGGCCUUCAACCUCUAUGAUAUCAACAAGGAUGGAUACAUCACUAAAGAGGAGAUGCUGGCAAUCAUGAAGUCCAUUUAUGACAUGAUGGGGAGGUACACGUACCCCAGUGUGCGGGAUGACGCCCCAUCGGAGCAUGUGGAGAAGUUCUUCCAGAAAAUGGACCGUAACCGGGAUGGAGUGGUGACCAUUGAUGAGUUCAUUGAGACCUGUCAGAAGGAUGAGAACAUCAUGAGCUCCAUGCAGCUGUUUGAGAACGUUAUCUAGGACAGUGUGGAAAUCCCAGGAAGACUCUCCCACCAUCCAUACCAGUAGCCUCCUUCACCAAGCCUUUAGCACUUGUCUGUUGUGUCCUAGUAGGGGACGUCGAACAUACAAAGGACCACAGUAGACCACACUAGACAAGACUUGUUUUCUAAGUACAACAGGUAGCUUUUAGAAGCACAUUCUGUGUAUGUGAUGCUACAGUGCUCAAGGGAGGAGGAAACGGUGCUUUGGCUCAACCCUUACUUGAACUGCAUGGAAGUGAUGCCAGUAGAGAUUAAAGAAAAAGAGAGAGAAUGGCUGUUCUUCAGACUACGCUCGUUCUUACGCUUUCGUGAUGGGAUCACCGGGAAUGAAGACGAGAAGGGUGCUGUUGCGCUGGGAACGAGAAGGGGAGACGGGACCAGCUCUUCUCGCAGCACUUGCCGGAGACCACAAGUUUGCCGUGUUUAACUCGAGUUCCUGUUUUUCUCACCUUGAGGGUCCAGCAGUAUGGGACGGUCAUGAAGAACAUCUACGAUCACUAUUUCCUCGAGGAUAUACUUCUGCGAGGCUUGUUGCGGCAUGCAGCGGGAGUCCAUUCUCGCGGUGAAAAAGAAGACACUUUAAAAAAAUUAUAACAAUAAUAGAAUUGACUCUCUUGCAAAUUCUGGCAUGCUGUUCCUGAUUUAUUUUUAUAUGCGGUUUGUUUGCACUGAGAAGUGAGAAAUGUGAAGAGGGUAUACUAUUCUCCUUUACCUGCUGGCUUGUCAUUUGAGACCAGAGAGAAUAUGUGUGUUUGUCAGCCAGCCUGUGGUCCAGUGUAUCGAGACGGGCUCCGGGUACAGAGCUGCCGACGGUGAGAUUUGUCAACGUGAGCUGCAGUCGCCAUGUGGAACACGAGCCGGUGACCGAGCCUUUCCAUCCUCUUCAGGCGCAUUCCUCCCACCCUUUGGGAAGGUGUCUUUGGGUUACACAAAGGGUUUUUUGUGUUUUCAUUUUUGCUCUGUCAUGGUCAUUGUCCUCGCCCUUCGUUAGAUUGGUGCGUUCUGUUCUUGCGUCAUGGUUUGUGGUCCGCAUUAAAUCCGGCUCCUCCUCCCUUCCACCCGUCUUCCAUUAUCUACCCUCCGUGGUGGCGCACCAUCGCCCCUCUGAAGGACUCCUUUGACUCUCUGCGUAGUAAAUGACAGUAAUGAACUCUGCCUCUAUAAUACUGUGCGUUGAUAGGGAUGAGUUUACUGACCCGGGAUGUCGCGCAUCUCACAGUUGCGUAUGCAUCAAUACUGGCGUAGCUCCUUCUUCAGGAACUGGUGACAUGGAUCACACCACAGCAGAGCUUUCAAUGCCACGGAAAUCUGCAUGUUUACUAAAGAAGGCAGAUUCCUCAAAGAGACCCGGACUUAUAUUGAAGUCUCAAUAGAGGCGUGUCCUGGAGCAGGGGGAUUAGUCGAAGGGUUACUUCUCGCCACCUCUUGCUGAGCUCUUGGAACUAGAUGUAGCUGAGCGCCAUAGCCGGGAUCUCCCCCAUGCUGCAGGGUUCACAUGUUGCCUCCUGCAUGUCCCCUCUUUGCUGAUCCAGGCUAUAAAUAGAGAGGUGCCGGCGCUCAGGAUGUUUUUGACACGCUGUCCUCGGCUCCGCGUCACGGCCUGCACCUAUCCUCGUUCACGCAACACUGUGUCUGCUCCGCCUUAGCUCCCUCUGCAUGCUCCUUAACCAAUUCGAAGGAGCCCUUCAGAGCCAGCGGUGCCACGUUCUGGAAACGACUACAGUCUCAAAGUCAGAGGAGCAGAGCUUCUGGGUUUUAGCUUUUUCACUUUUCUUACACCAGAACCUGGAAGGUGAUACUCCUGCAAAAUAGUGAACAUCCACCUAUAAACUCCAACUCACUUAAUUCUCAGUGUACUCCUUUCACUGUACCGCGGAGCUCCCGAAGACACAUGGCUCCUUUCACAUCGAUUCCUUUCGCUCUUUACUGUAGCUUUCAUCUCCUUAUUUCUGCCCAAGUUCGAAAACAAAGAGCCUGCUUUCGGAACGGCGAAGCACUCGGGCCGGCUGAGUGAAUACACUCAGGUGAGUUCAGCUUUCUUCACUGGUUCGUCAGCAGGGGGCGGUAUACCGACUUCCUGUCAGGCUGGAGAUGGAGUUCAGGUGUCCUGGUUUUUUUUUUUUUUUUUUUUGCAUGGAAAAACUUCUGUGUAUAUUUCCAAAUAUGAAAGAACAAAAUUAAUAAUACAAAUCGAGUUACAGCUGCAUAUGUAUAGUAAGAGUGAUGACUGUCACCUAAAAAGGAUAGGAGUGAAAGGCUCUAGGAAGGGAACGAAAAAAGAACUGAAUAAGUUAAAUAAAUGAAAUACAAAGGAUGAAUUUACUAUUUUAUUACUCCUCAGGCUGUGGUGCUGCUAAUGUUACAGACAUCCACAUUUGCCCCAGUGGAAGGAGAAGCUCUGGGGGGUUUAGUGGAGAUGUUCUUACUUAAAGAAAUCCUCUGCACUUCACUGUCCUCUGUCUUCCCGUCCACUACUCUCUGCCUUGACUGGCCUUUCAGAGACCAUUCUCGAUCACACGAGCACUUAUUGUACGAACAAGUUCACUACGAUCUAUGUUUCAAAGGUCGGGGCUGGUUGUAAGGGACCACUGGAUGUUUCUGCCUAAGCACAAAUCCGCCACGUAAGAAGCACACGUGUGAACACGCUGCACAGCCGUGUCAUUGACUUUGAGUACCCAAAACCAGUACUCGUUCCCUGUCCCCCUGCGGUGAGUUUCCCCCGAGCCGCGCUCUCGCAUGGUUUUUCAGUGAGGAGGGGCACACGCACCUUAAUGUGAAGUAAGUCCUCCAAUUUUUGUACCUAUAAUGUAGCGAGUGCAAAAGACAGACCUCUGUUUUCUGGUGUUUUGUGUUGCUGUUGUAUAUUUUAAUAUUUAGGAAAUUCCAGUGUUUUUUUUUUUUUUGUUACAAAUCCCCACUAAAUUUAGUAUUGUUUUUAAUAUUUCUUUGAUUUUCGGUUGACACUGCUGUGCUUUCUGUUAUUUAUUUAUUUAUUUUUUGCAGUAAUUUUCUUUACAGGCACCCAGCCCUGACGGCCCAAGGUGCGUGUAGAGGAAGCAGCUGUGCUAAUAACAUGCAUGCUGUAAGAGUGCAGUGGUUCUUCAGGUGACAUGCAGCACACCCUGUCUGUGGUUCGUACCACUCGAGCGUGCAAACAUUUCAGACUGCAUUAAUGGUAUUUGGUAUGGAAGCUUAUGAAACAUAUCAUCUUUUAGAACUCCAAAGUUACGAUUCAUUAAUGUCCUUUAAGACGAUUAGCAUUGAGCCUCAAAUGAAUUGUUAUUUACAUGGAUGACCAAUAUUGAAAAUACAAAACAAAGUCUGUUCUGGUAAAUGUGUAUUGUAUACUUAAGAGGGUUUGAAUCCCAAAUGAAAAUUAAAAUGAAUAAAGAUUCUAACUGUAUGCUGAUGCACUUUUUGAAUUGUCUAGCUCUGAAGAUAUAGUUCAGUGUUGCUCUAUUAAUUUGUAACAUAAAGAAAAGAAUAGUACACAAUAACACUGAAUAAUUUGCUUAGAGUUUCUUUUUUCGAAUACUGUUGUAUAGUUCAUCGGUUACUUUAGUGCUGGAUUUUCACUGAAUAGGUGUAAGGUAAACCCAUGAUACUGUAUUGAACAUAUUUACAAAUCCUCAUAUUGCUGUCUAUGAAUAGGAUUUUUCCUGUCAACUCAUCCCUUUAUACAUUUCCUGCUUGUUCUGUAUGGCACAUGCUUUAGUAUGAAUAAAUAAUUUAUCUUUGUGUGAUUGAUGAGAUAUAUACAUAUAUAUAUAUAUAUAUACAUACUACAUGAAUGUGUAUCUGUGUAUACAUGUGCAACUCAGUUUAUGAAUACAAUUCGGAUUGGAGCUCUGUUCACAACUCGUUUUUUUUUUUUGCUCCAAAGUCUCUUUACACCACAGUCAGUAAAAGCCUGACAAUACUUCCAUCGAUUUAUGGGUUUCAUUCUAUGAAAAUCUGUUAUAGCUACAGUCCAUAAAAAAUAGUUUGUAAAACCUUUGUUCACUGGCACUAUGAGCUGCAUUAAAUUUAAAACUUGAUUAA